GCUGGAAUAUGAUUAGUCCUCCCGAAAUGUAAAAUCAAUACUGUGUUAUUAUACGGAUUGGGACACAAAUAAUCCAGACACAUACAGCUCACGUUCCUAUCGUCGUCUACUUUAUCUACCUAAGUUGCUAGCUCAACUCAGAUGUUUUCUUCUUUCCUACUAUCUUUGCUUGAGAACUAGACACCUCGACCUCUCAAGUAAACAGCUAACCAGCUUGUACCAUUCUAUAUAUUUCUGAUAUGUGAGAUCUUUUAUACAAGUCGUCUAAUAUUUCUGACCUUCGCUUUGUCGGAAACCCUUGGUCUUCCGAGUUGCGGGGUAACUAACCCGCAGACUAGUGAAUCCGAUUAUUUUCAAGCCACCAAAAUAUACAUUCAUCAUGAACACAAACAUAUCGAGCAAAUCCAUAGAGAAUGAAUCCUCCGAUGAUUUGCUAUACAAAUGCUGGGGUCAUCAAGACUGCUGGGAUUGUUUGUCUAUAGGUCCUUGCUCGUGGUGUCCUGUAUCAUCUACUUGCGUCCCAAACAUAUCUCCAAUGCAAAUCCUCGCUCCUAUCAUUAACAGUGAUAUCUGCCCCCUUUGGUCUGAAAGAUGGGAGUUGCGAGCUAGGCCUUUCGGUUGUCAUGUUUCUACGUAAAUUUAACUGAUUCUACGUCUUUUACCUCGAGACUAAUAUGUUGUUUAGAAUCACGUUUUUGACGUUUUUGGGAUCGAUUUAUGGGACACUUUUGGCAAUGGGGCUCGUCAUUCUCAUAAUAAAGUGUAUGGGAAACGGAGAGACAAAUCGAGGGUGGUGGGAGGUCUGGGGGCGAUAUCAAAGAAGGCUUUGGAGAAGAAAACGCUCAGUAGUGGUUCAAGAAAAUCCUUCCCCAGAAUCUCGCCCUUUAUUAGGUCAUGUUUGAAUCAAGCCAUCUUCAGCAAAUCGAUUUGUAGCGGCUAUGAAUACAUGAUACAAAAAUCAAUCUGGUAGCUGUUCACCUCAGGUCAUCUUGUGUGUUUUACCAGCUUCUAAGUCGCCUUUCCUUUUCUAACCCUUCAAGCACAACUAAAGAUGUACUUGAAUUCUUAACUAAAGCACGCCCGCCUCCUCCCACUCCUGCAAAUAAAAGAAAAUCUCCAAGACCUUUUUGGUUUUCCUGUCAAAUACCCCUCCCAAU